GUAAGGGCGCUCGGCGAGUCCGUCUCUCCUCGAAUGAAAGGAAACAACCUCCGGCGACAGAAGCCCGCUCCCAGGCGCUGCCGGAGACCCGAGCGGCCACUUUCUCUCGCUCUCGUCCCUCGCGGCCGCUCGUCGGCCCGCCGCUCGGCCCGGCGCCCCCGCGUAUUUCUUGAGAGUUAAAGUGGCAUUCUAAAGGCAAUUUAAAAAUCAUGUCCAGCUCAGCUGAACAGAAAAAAGGGCCUACAAGACAGCGCAAAUGUGGCUUUUGUAAGUCAAACAGAGACAAGGAAUGUGGACAGCUGCUAAUAUCGGAAAACCAGAAGGUGGCAGCACAUCAUAAGUGCAUGCUCUUUUCAUCUGCUUUGGUAUCUUCACACUCUGAUAACGAAAGUCUUGGUGGAUUUUCUAUUGAAGAUGUCCAAAAGGAAAUUAAAAGAGGCACAAAGCUGAUGUGUUCUUUGUGCCAUUGUCCUGGAGCAACAAUUGGUUGUGAUGUGAAAACCUGUCACAGGACAUACCACUACCACUGUGCAUUGCAUGAUAAAGCUCAGAUUCGAGAGAAACCUUCCCAAGGAAUUUACAUGGUUUAUUGCCGAAAACACAAGAAAACUGCACAUAAUUCUGAAGCUGAUUUGGAAGAAAGCUUCAAUGAACACGAACUGGAGCCCUCAUCACCUAAGACUAAAAAGAAAAGUCGCAAAGGAAGGCCCCGAAAAACCAAUUUCAAAGGGCAAGUGGAAGACAGCCGCUCUACGUCUUCCCACGGAACAGAUGAAAUGGAAAGUAGUUCUUACAGAGAUCGGUCUCCGCACAGAAGCAGCCCGAAUGACACCAGACCAAAAUGUGGAUUUUGUCAUGUAGGGGAGGAAGAAAACGAAGCAAGAGGAAAACUGCAUAUAUUUAAUGCCAAGAAGGCAGCUGCACAUUAUAAGUGCAUGUUAUUUUCUUCUGGAACGGUCCAGCUCACAACAACAUCAAGAGCAGAAUUCGGAGAUUUUGAUAUUAAAACUGUGCUUCAGGAGAUUAAGCGGGGAAAAAGAAUGAAAUGUACACUUUGCAGUCAGCCCGGUGCUACUAUUGGAUGUGAAAUAAAAGCCUGUGUCAAGACUUACCAUUACCACUGUGGCGUUCAAGACAAAGCUAAGUACAUUGAAAACAUGUCACGAGGGAUUUACAAGCUGUAUUGUAAGAAUCAUAGUGGCAAUGAUGAGAGAGAUGAAGAAGACGAGGAACGAGAGAGUAAAAGCCGGGGGAAAGCAGAAACCGAUCAGCAGCAACUAACUCAGCAGCAACUUAAUGGAAACUAGGUUCAUGGGACAGAGUUAGAAAACUGGGAAUGAAUAAGACAUCCAUAACUACUAUUCUUUUUUUUCCACUGUUUUCUAAAAAUCAAAAAAGGGUUUGUAACUUUUUAUGCCCAGCUCUUAGAUCCUUCAUUGAACUGCCUAAAACCGUCUCCUUUGUUUCAUGAGCCUUUCACUAGGUGGCAGAGUGUGACAUGUUGAUAUUACAUAGCUGUAGUUUGCAGUUUCUGGGAAGCAAUUGAAACACUAUUAAUCCUGUGUAUAGUGUCAGCCAUUCCAGCAGACAUUGAAGUGGAGUAAGCACCAUUUAGCGUGUCUAAGUGUGUCUAGCCGAUUCGUACUCAAAGGAGCGCACAGGCAAAUUUCACGUUGCCGUGCAAGCCAGCCUCGUGGCAACGCAUGGGGAGAGAUGAUGUCCUUGUGUUGUUUUUCCUUCACACACUCAAGUCAAGGAGGCUAGAAAUGAAGAGAGCCUUCUUUUUUUCCCUUCCUUGGUCUUGACAGCCUGGGCUUAAAAAAAUAAAUAAAAGCAAAAAAAAAACAACAACAAACAAUUAAAAACCUCUUCCAAGAAGCUUGCUAAAGCUUUUCAUUUGGUUCCUGUUAAAAGUUGUUCUCACUGAGCACCAUGGGACUCCACAACUGGUGACUGAUGAGAAGCUGAGAGCGCCAGUCCUCGCGCCAUAACUCAUAACGAUAUGACCUCUUUUCAUGUCAUACAAAGAGCUUCGUGCAAAAAAAGAUCCAGUCCUUCCAAGCUAAUCUCCCGCGCGGCCACCGCGGUGAAACCUUUCGAGGCUGGAAAGGGUUCCUACUCGCUAAGAACUUCAGCCGUCCACAUCUGAAACCUGCUCCUCCCAGUGCCCACGGCACGGAACAUUUCAUCCAUUGGCCAGAGUGCGCCAGGGGGGUCUCUUGUGAUGUAGACGUUCAAACCAGUCUUUGCAUAAAACAGUAUUUCCUUUUGAUUUUGUGACCACUAUUUUAGAACCGUUCAUACUUGUGAUUUUUUUGUUCCUUCUUGGCUUGGCUUCUCUAUUCGACAGGCUUUCACGCCUUCCUUCCCUCCCGUCAGUAGGGUGCGCUGCUGCACCACCGCUCCAACAGAAUUGCGGCUCACCGCCUCAGAAUUCAGCUUUUCAGAAAGGAUCUCUGAACGCUGGCAUCGCCUGCCAGUGGUCUUCCACUUAACCUGCUGAAGCACAUUUUUAUGUUUCUUUCAUGGCAAAACCAAAAACAAAGCUUGAGUUGGUGGUCUGCCUAAUAUUACCAUAGCACCUCAAUAUCAAGGAUAGAUAGGAGAUUGCGGUUUCUGAGUUACUCAUUAACCUAUUGCAUUGCAGCAAAUUAGCAAACAAGGAAAAAUAUGGUAACUUGACUGUACAUCCAGAUAAUUCUGUGGCUGAUGGAAAAGCAUUUUUUUAAAAAACGUAACAGGUGGAAAAUUACACUGUGCUUAAUGACUGAUUUUUUUUUUAAACUGCUAGUCCCUUAAAGUCACAUUUGUCCAGUGUGCAUUCACACAUUUACUUAAGGGAUGUGAUUAUUGCUUUCUUUUAACCAUCUUGGACUGUUUUUAGAAGGAAACUAGUGUUUGUAGUUGGUUGCCCUGUGUGUUUCUUCCUUUUGCUCUACGUCUGCCAUUGGUGUGUGUAUUUGUGUGUGUUUGUGUGUGUGAUGGAUUUUUUCAAAAUUCACCAUGACUUGAAGUGCAUCGACAGAUCUAGAUGUUUGUUUACCAAGCUCUGUGACUUUUCCCAAAGGAUCUGUAUUUUACUUCCUUCCAACACCUUGAAACCAGUUAUUUUAACUCUUUGAAUCACUGUGUCUUCAUCAUUUUUAUAUUGUGUGCCAUAAGACUUACCCACGGAACAAGAGAGCACCUUCCUUUUUUGACAACUACUGUAAUGACAUUUUCCGGGAAAAUAGAAGGUGCAGGGGUAAAUAAUGGCCAGUCAGUAAGCAUGUCGAGGAAUUCAAGUACUCGCCGUUUCAGAACUUCACAUGUAAACAAUUGUAUACUUUUUUCUUAUAUGGAUUUCUGCAACCUUUUCUCUGCCACUAGCCACCAGAAUAGCACUUUACCUUUUGGUUGGCUAGGGAAGUGGCUGGCUACCUAUUUUUCUCACUGUGGUGUGAUUGGCUGAACAGUCGUACAUUUACAAAAGGAUGUAGAAAUCAAAAUCCCAUGCAAAAAAUCACCUUUAGUUGGAACACUUACACGAUUUUGAUUGUCUUUCCAUGUUUUCAUCAUAAUGCUGAGUAAAAGUGCCUUACAAUGUAAAAAUUGUACAGUACUUCUGUUCCCAAGUAGCAUUGUCAUCUUCCAGGUAGUAAUUACAUUGUGGUAUGAAUAUUUAGAAAAAUGGACCUCAGCAGUGUAUUUACUGUUCAUCUCUUCAGUCCUUAACUGUAGUUGUAAUAAGCAUGACAUUAUUUGAUAAGUAUAUAACAUUUACAUCAUUUCAAAAAAAUACUCCCAUCACUGUCUUUUACACAUAUUUUAGCUUGAAAUUUUGAAGUCUCUUUUCUUUCUUCCCUUCUUUUUCCUCCCCCCCUCUUUUUCCUCUCCAUUUUUGUUUUGGUUUGUUUUGUUAUUGAUAUUAAACAGUGUAAUCUUUGCAAGCGUAUAUUGAAGAUUAUUCUGGAGCAUUUAUUGCCUUACCAGAAAUGUUAGUAAGAAAUGUUCUUUAGAGUAGAAAGAUAGACUUGAGUUUCUAUGCUUUAAUAAGAGCUCUUUGUUCCUGGGGUUAGGGGUAGGGGGGUGGGAGGGACAUUUUACUUUCAUCUCAAUCUAUUCAAAACCCACAACUGAAAUAAUUUUGUUUCCAAUAUCAGCAAUUUUAGAAUUUCACUUAGUACUUGCUCAGGAGUACAUGCUACUCAAGAUAUUAAAGAGAAUAACAAGCUAUGUAGAUCUACUGUUGAAUCAGAAUCUAUGUACUUGAACCAAUGUGUGAAUCUUAAGUAUCUCAAAGCAAACGAAAAGUGUUUUAGAAUGUUGUUGCUUUCUUACAAAGCACUAAAGUUAGACCAACUUAUACCAUUUUGUUCUAACAGACAUUUAGGUUAAUUGUAAAGCUAAGGAAUGCAUUAUGGGUCAAAAAAUUCAAACAUUCCUCUCUUGUUAUGUAUAUUUUGUUCCUGUUGGCUUUGUUUUCAAAAUUGUAGUUUGUAGUAUUAGUUUCUUCUUUUAUUGGUAUUCCUGCAUAUACUAUUCAUUCAAUAAAUGAGUCAUGACUUUCA